AUGGCUUCAGACGCUGCCUCACCCAUUCAAAAUUUGGGGCUUGAUCCCGAAAUCACUGAGAGCUUAUUCCCCAACGACCAAGAUGUCCAAGAGACCUGUAAUCUCUACAAGAGCGAUGCCAUGCAUGAAAAAGGCGUGUACUAUCUGGAACAUGACUUCCUGCGUCUCAAGCUACCAUCAGGAAGGACAUGGACGAUAUACGGCUCACCGAGUGCUCCUCGAUACGCUUCCGGUGCCUUCCAAUACACAAAUUCUGAAGAGGCUAAACGAAUAUAUGAUCGCAUUCCGGACGACGUCGACAUUCUUUUGACCCAUACUCCACCGCACGGAGUGCUCGACCUCACGAGAAAAGGAAAGCGCGCCGGUUGCCCAUCUCUCGCGGAGCGCCUGAAGGCCCUGUCUUCGUGCAAACUACACGUCUUCGGGUAG